AGCAAAACUGCACCCGACAGCACAUAAGCGGUUGUUGUGUGUUUGUGUUUGUGUUUGUUUGUUGUGGGAGAAGAAAGAAAGCAAGAGGAGAUGAGUGUGUUCGUGCUGCUCGUGCUGGUGGUGCUGGUGGCUGCCGUGCUUGCAGGCACCACGUCUGCACAGGAGGAAGUUGAAACGGUCUUGUGGCAGUUUCAGCGCGAGGAUGGCCAGUUUUUGUCUGGCCAAGCACUGCAGGAUGCACUUGGUCCCCUGACUGUGGAGCAAGGCACCAUUGUUCGAUUCCGAUGGGAGCCAUAUGGAUUUGCACAUGGACUGUUCCAGGUGACAAACCAGAACGACUUUGACAACUGCAACCUCGUGGGCACAGAGCUCGUUGCUCGCAGCACGCGGGGCGACUACAAUGCGACACUUGAUCCCGGGACAUACUUUUUCGUUGGAGGCGUUGGUUCCAACUGUGAGACAGGCAUGAAGGUUCGCGUCACGGUGCUUGAGCAAGGCGAGACGGUGCCACCAACUGUGAUGACCACGACGCCGAUUCCAGCCAUUGAGUCAGACCUCGCCAAGGUUGUUGUGGUUGACUGGGAGUACAACGUGCCCAAGCCGGAUGUCGAGGCAAACCAGGACGACAUUAUCCAGUUUCGCUGGAGCGGCUCAAUCUCCAGCAGCGUUCGCCGCGUGACGCAAGAAAACUAUGAAGCGUGCAACUUCAACAACCCGCUUGAGAUUGUGUCUGAAUCGACAACGAGCAACGUGGUCAACGUGACUGGCCUUGACGUCGGUCGACACUACUUCAUCUCGGCGGAGAUUACCCACUGCUCAUCGGCUCACAUGAGCGUGGCGGUGAACAUUGUGCCGCGUCUUAUCCGCUACUGGAUCACACUCUACCCAUCCGACGUCUCAUCCACCACAGAUUCGAGUGUUUCGCUGACGCUGACGGGUUACGAUUCGGAGUUGCGCGUGUGGACAUCGCCCGCAACGAUUGUGAACGAGGCGACAACUGGCAGCGGGGAUUCCGUCGCACUCGACAUUUCCGCUGAGGAAGCACACACGUUUGAGAUUGUUGCACGGGAUGUUGGAACGCCCAUCGCUGUUCGAAUGUCCGCGGUGCCAGGCAGCGGCUUUGCUCCAUCUCGUGUGCGUGUGCGCGCGCGCGCGGAGGAUUUGGAUGACGGCGAUGCGCGCGAGAGCAAGACGUUCACGUGCUCGCGACCGGAGGGCGGAGAUGUGGACGGCGUGUCCGCAAUCAAUUGCAUCGUCCCGGCGGAUGGAAGCACCAGCACGCCGCCGCCAACGUCAACCAACACCACCCAGCAGGAGCGCGAUUGCGAGUGUUUCCGGCAGCUCCUUGCGCACCACCCGAGCCAGCGCGUGCUUGCAUGCAGCAAAGACGGCUGCUUCGCCACAGUUGACGAUGGCACAGCGGGCUGGUCAACGCUUCCUGCCAUCCGAUCUCUGAUUGGAACGGGAACAGACUCUCGUCUGUUUGCCGUCAGUCCAACAAACGCCACUCUUGCCAGCAUUGACGGAGGUUUGACGUGGCAGGAAGUGACCGAGACAUCGACCAUCGCAACACCAGCCACCGUCUUUUCCGACCCGUUGUUUGAAGGGUCGGGUGACACGCCCCUUGAUCGCCACGUGCAAACGUCAUCGUCCGCUGCUGCCGACUGGGGCAUCACCCGAAAGGGCGUGCUUGUGAACACUGCUGGCACGUGGGCGUUUCGUGCGCUGUGGUCGUGCACAUGUGAUGGCUCCUGUGGCCUCAAGUGUGACCAGCCCCUCUUCUGACUCAUUCAAUCAACACCUUGUUGUUCGGCCCCUCCCUGCCUGGCUUUCCUGUGUUGUUGUGCAGUGAGCAUGUGUGUGUCUUCGUUUUUGUUGUCAUGCGUUUCUGUGUUGUCAUGUGUUUCUGUGUUGUCAUGUGUUUCU